UUGAGACAUCUCCAGAAACACAUUUUUCUCAAAACAAACUUUUCUUUGUCUACUAACAUGGCCAGAGCACAGCAACGGUAUCGAGGUGUUCGACAAAGGCGUUGGGGUUCUUGGGUGUCUGAAAUUCGCCAUCCUCUAUUGAAAACUAGAAUUUGGCUGGGGACAUUCGAGACGGCGGAAGACGCGGCUCGGGCCUACGACGAAGCAGCUAGGCUUAUGAGUGGAGUGAGGGCUAAACCCAACUUUCCGUACAACCCCACUGAUCCUCAACCAUCAUCAUCAUCAUCCAAGCUUCUGUCUGCAACUUUGAGAGCUAAGCUACACAAAUGUUACCUGGCUUCACUUCAAAUGAUCAAACAACAAACGGCGCAGGAGCCGCGAAAUAAUGCACAGACUCCACAGGUUAUGGGCAACAAUGGCAUUGCAGGGAGAGAGAGUGGAAUGGGAGUUGGAGUGCAGCAGGAGAAGAGAGAGACAGAGGCCGCUUGGGUUGUCAAGAAACCUCAACUUGAAACCACCCAGCACCAGCACUUCAACUUCAAACCACUUGAAGAGAAUCACAUUGAACAAAUGAUUGAAGAACUACUUCACUAUGGCUCCACUGAACUUUGCAAUGUCUAGUCCAUUAAACGUACUUCCCUAAAUUUCUCUCUUUUUCCCGAUAUUCAUCGGAAACGUCAAGCUGAGGCUUGAGAACUCUAUUACCAACUGUUAAAGCAAAUACAGGCUAAUGCCACUCAUUUGCUAAUUUAACCUUACCUACCUAUAUUAGAAUACGCAUCUUACCUUUUCUUUUUGGUAGUAGAUUCUUCAGUGACUACAGUAAAUAAUAUAGGCCUCCAUUGCAUUCAAACUCGAGCCGAAAUAGA